GUAUUCCCAAUGUCAUUCUCAAGGUUAAGCUCUUCUCUCGGUCUCCCUGUUCCCAAGUUUCCUCCUUUUCUUCUCUGCUUUCCUUCUUCCUCACUCCAAACCCGAUUCAUUCACAAUGUUGAUGUUGAUGAUGCCGUUGCCUCGUUCAAUCGCAUGCUCAAUACCCGUCCUUCCCCAUCCAUCGUUCAAUUUAACAAGAUUUUGGGGUCCCUCGUUAAGAACAAGCAAUUCCACACUGCCAUUUCCCUUUUUCAAGGAUUGGGAUUCAAGGGAAUUGAGCCAAACAUUUGUACUUUUAACAUUCACAUCAAUUGUUUAUGCCAACUGCGUCAUAUGACCUUAGCUUUUUCGGUAUUGGCCAAAAUCUUCAGAUUGGGUUAUCAGCCGAAUACGGUAACCUUCAAUACACUCAUGAAUGGUCUCUGUCUUGAUGGCAACGUUAGAAGAGCACUGCAUUUUCAUGACAAGAUGGUAGCUCAAAGAUUUCAGAUGGACCAAGUUAGUUACGGGACACUGAUCAAUGGAUUAUGUAAAAUGGGAGAAACAAGAGCUGCCAUUCACGUGCUUAGAAAGAUUGAAGGACAAUUGAUUCAGUCUAACGUGGUAAUUUACAGUACAAUCAUUGAUAGCUUAUGUAAAGAUAAAUUUUUGACGGAGGCAUGUGAUCUUUUUUCAGAAAUGGUUGUCAAGAAAAUUUAUCCCAACUGUCACUUACAAAUCAAUCCAAAUGUUUAUAGCUACAGCAUAUUGGUUGAUGCACUGUGUAAGGAAGGAAAUGUGAGGGUAGCUAGAAAUGUGUUAGCCAUCAUGAUAAAAGAUGGUGUGAAACCUAACGUUGUUACUUAUAAUAGUCUAAUGCAUGGCUAUUACUUAGUUAAUGAAGUAAAGAAGGCCAAAUAUAUAUUCAACAGCAUGAUUCGAAAUAGAGUAACCCUUAAUUUGCAUAGCUACAGCAUAAUGAUUAGCGGGUUAGGCAAGAUUAAAAUGGUGGAUGAAGCCAUGGCUCUCUUUGAAGACAUGCAUUGGAAAGGUAUGGUUCCAAAUACAGUAACCUACAGUUCUCUUAUUGAUGCUUUUUGCAAAUCAGGAAGAAUUUCUUAUGCUUGGGAGCUUAUUGAUGAGAUGGAGGAUAGGGGUCAACGUGCUGAUAUAAUUACCUACAAUUCCUUAAUAGACGCAUUUUUCAAAAACCAUCAUUUAGAUCAUGCAAUUGCAUUAUUCAAUAAAGUUAUAGACAAGGGCAUUCAUCCAGAUGUAUACACAUACACAAUACUUAUUGAUGGAUUAUGCAAAGGCGGAAGACUUAAGGAUGCACAAGAGGUUUUUCAGGAUUUAUUGAAUAAUAGCUAUCAUCUAAACGUGGCAGCAUAUAAUUCUAUGAUCAAUGCGCUUUGUAAAGAGGGCAAGGUUGAUGAAGCAUUGUCCUUAUGGUCAAAAAUGGAGGACAAUGGUUGCAGUCCUGAUUUUAUAAUUUUUGACAUAAUUAUCCGUGCUCUCUUUGAAAGAGAUGAGAAUGAUACAGCCGAAAAACUUCUUCAUGAAAUGGUUGCUAGAGGCUUAUUGUGA